UUACAAUUUAGACUUAUUGUAGAUAAUAAAUUACAUAUGAUAAAAAUGUACAUAAUAAGUUAAUUUUUAUCCGUCAGCACACCAUCUAAAGAGUCACUGUGCACAGAAUAGUAAAAUAUAAGUGACAGUUGUUUUGAUCUAGUGAGGUUAUAUUUCAAUGUUGUAAAAAAUAUUAAAGUGAAUGUUUUUAUAAUGGAUUCAGCAUCAGCACAAGAAGUUACUGAACUUCUCAGACAGUGGGAAGAGCAACAUCAGACUCCUAACUAUGACCCCAUACCAACACUCACCAGGAUUGCAGAGGUUAUAGAAGCGGAAACAGAGAAUUUUCUGAAGAAAGAUCCUGACCCAUUUGAUGAACGUCCACCGUCCCGUACAGACCCAGAGUGCGCGUUGGGCCAGGCGUUAAAAGUUAUGUUUAAGAAAGACAGUUUUAUGACUAAGCUAGUAAAUGAUUAUGUUAGAGAUACAUAUUACUCGCGGCAAAACAUCACAGGCAGGGAUGUGUUCAAACUGAAUGUAGCCGCGUGUCGACUUACACUUGAUCUGAUGCCGGGUUUAGAAAUGAGUGUUGUAUUUCAGGACAAUGAAGCUUUAAUACAACGGCUAGUUAGUUGGGCGACAAAGUCUCCGGAGCCGCUGCAAUGUUAUGCCACAGGCCUUGUUGCUGCCGCUAUGGAAGUGCAGGAAAUUGCUACUAAUUUUAGGGAUUUAAAUGCGAUGCUAGUACCACUAAUGCUAAGGAGGCUACAUGAGUUAAGAAAUAAAACUCAAGAGGAUAAGCAGACGACACAAAAUGCAGUGACGCCGCCAAACCAGACUCGGCAUUUCGCUAGAUUUGAUAAGAAAAGGAACAAUGAUAUUAAAAGCAACGGACCAAUUGUCGAUAAAAAAGAUCGAGAGAAAGAUGAUGGAGGAGGGAGUGAAAUGUUGAUAGACGAGACACCUCCACAAGCCAGCAAAGAUCCAGAAACACCAAUUAAAAAUUAUAAUUCAAGUGCAAGAUCUCCGGAGCAGUGCGCGCUGAUGUCUCCCCCGGCGCGGCCGCCGCUGCCUACGCCUGCGCAGCCGCCACUCAUACAUGACCCCUCUUCUAACUCCAGUUGGGCGGAGAUGGAGACCUACGUUAUUGGUAACAUACAAAUUCAUCCACCGACGGACGCGACCAAACAAAUGCUGAUACUACGAUAUCUAACACCAAUGGGGGAGUACCAAGAGUUCCUAUCGCACGUGUUUGAACAGAACGCCCUAGGUCUGAUCCUGGGUUACCUGAAUGUGCGCGAGUCCCGCGACUCCAGACUCGCCUUCGAAGCUCUCAAAUACCUCGCAGCGUUGCUCUGUCAUAAGAAAUUCUCUAUUGAUUUCAUCAAUAUGGGUGGAUUACAGAAGUUCCUAGAAGUACCAAGACCGUCUGUUGCUGCGACUGGUGUGUCCAUCUGUUUGUACUACCUGGCGUACUGCGAGGAUGCUAUGGAGCGCGUCUGUCUGCUGCCCAGAGCAACACUGACUGACCUCGUCAAAUACGCGCUAUGGUUACUGGAAUGUUCGCACGACUCUGGACGUUGUCAUGCGACCAUGUUCUUUGGUCUCUCCUUCCAGUUCCGUGUUAUCUUAGAGGAGUUUGAUAACCAGGAUGGAUUACGUAAGCUCUACAAUGUAAUAUCAACACUGCCAAUACUGGGCUCUGAUGAGGAAGAGUCUCGAGUCUCCGAGGAUGAGACUUGCGCCGCACGUCAGAUUGUACGUCACGUCUGCGUCGCCUUGAGAAGAUAUUUAGAAGCACAUUUAAGGCUCCGCGCUGCACAAGUCGCGAGACAACAAGGGGAUAACGUACCAGAACCACCGCCGUAUAAGGCGUCAAAGUCAUCACCAGAAGAGAUCCAGGAGCAAAUCGAGCUGUUACAAAGCGUUGCGUGGUCUCGCUGGUCUCCAGUGGACGAGUUACUUGAAUUAGGCGGCGUCGCCUUACUGCUGCAGGUCGUCGGCUACGCGUACGAGUGGAACUUUAACGGCAGGGCAGAGACAGUCCGGUCAGCGCUGGAUGUGAUCUCUGUAUGCUGCGUGGCGCCGCGAGUUCAGUUGCUGCUGACAGAGAAGAUAGACAUGAGAGAUGCUGACCUCACCACGGGUGUUAACAUCGUGCUAGGUGCGGCUGAUGGAGAGAUAGUGCCUGACCCAGAAGUGCAAAAGGCUGCUCUAAAUGUACUCGUCAACUGCGUCUGCGCACCAGUACAUAGGGCUGGAACAUCAACGACUCGUUUCUCAAUCACUGGAUCCAGUAAGAAGAAGACAGCUCUCAAAUCAUACGAGGAUCUAAUACAGAAAGUAUGGGAGAGUGUACGAACGAACAACGGCAUCAUGGUGCUGUUGUCUCUUAUGUUGGUGAAAGCACCAAUAACAGACGCGGACAGACUGCGCGGGCUGGCGUGUCGCGCGCUGGCAGGACUCGCGCGCUGCCCCACUGUGCGGCAGAUCAUAUCCAAGCUGCCGCUCUUCACCACAUCACAGAUACAAUCAUUGAUGCGAGACCCCAUACUGCAGGAGAAGCGUCAGGAGCACGUGAUGUUCCAGAAGUACGCUCUAGAAUUGCUAGAGCGAGUCUCCGGCAAGAGCAAGCAUAUGGGUGCAGAGUUUGAGACCUCUCUAGCUAAUAUACAUAGGGCGAAUGUAGUAGCACAGACUCGUAUAAACUACAACGAGCGCCAGCUACUGCAGCUAGUGGCGGCGCACUUGGCGGCUCGCGGUCUGCGUGAGAGUGCUGCGGCGCUGCAGCGUGAGGCGCGCCUGCCUCCUCCCGCCACCUCCGCGCCCGCACCACCCCCACCACCUGUGUACACACCAUCUACACCUGUCAGGCCUCGGCUGUCAGUAUCCCGGUCGAGUAGUAUGGGAUCUGGAGUGGGUGUGCUGCACCGCGACAGUCUGGACCACAAUCAUAUGCAUGUAGAUAGUGACAGCCCUCUGCCACCUGUCAUCAAAAUCAGGAAAGUACAAAACAGUCCAGCAAGCCAGCCAUCAGAACACAAACGUUCACUACAGAAGCAGGUGAGCGCGGCCGGGGAACGCGCGCUCUCACCACCUCGUGUCACUCUCCACUCCAUCAUCACUGAAUACUUGUACAAUCAACAUGCACUAUGCAAGAACCCCGUCGUUACUUGUCCACAGUUCAAUUUGUUUGAACCGCACAAAUGUCCGGAGCCGGCGCGCGUGAGCACGCUGGCGGCGCUGGCGGCGCGCGGGGCGGAGGCGGGCAACGUGUGCGCGCGCGUGGUGCGCCGCGAGCUGGGCGCUCCGCCCCUCAAGCGCGCGCACAGCCGCCUCGUGCACGCGAACUUCGCCCCCGUGCGCACGCUGCGCCUGCAGGAUGAUGAUGCGUUCUUCACACAUACUAUAUUCCAUCCGACACAACAACAGCUGUUAGCAGCGACAUCAUCAGGGGACAUUCGGAUAUUCAACUUAUUUAGCGGCGCGGAAGAGAACUCGUAUCAAGUGCAUGAAUCUUACAUAUAUCAUAUGCAGGCUAGUCGCGACGGUCUGCUGCUGCUGGCCUCUGCCACCACCACCUGGAGGCCGCUCUCCGCGUUAUGGAAUAUGAAGGAAUUCGAACAGCUAUUCCAACUGGACAAUGAGGAGUACGUGGAGUUCUCCAAGAUGUCUGAUGAACGCAUCAUCGGCACCAAGGGGGAGACGGCGACGGUGUUCGAUACGCGCACAGGCCGCGAGCUGAUGACCCUCGCGCCAGCUAUCAGCAACCAGUACGCCAAGAACAGAGCCACCUUCAACCCCACUGAUGAAUUAGUACUAUCAGACGGAGUACUGUGGGACGUGAACACAGGCAAAGAGAUCCACAAGUUCGACAAACUGAACCAGACGCACAGCGGAGUGUUCCAUCCUAACGGACUCGAGGUGAUAUCAAACACAGAAGUAUGGGACUUAAGAACCUUCCAUCUAUUGAGAACAGUACCUACGUUAGACAAGUCUGAGGUGAUAUUCAAUCCAACAUGCAGCGCGCUGUACGCGGUAUGCUCAGACCAGGACUCUGAGGAGCGGAGUCAAUUCGAUACCAGCUUCAAGACAUUGGACCCUUAUGAUUACUCCAGUAUAGCUACCAUAGACGUGAAACGGAACAUCUACUCUCUGGGCGUGUCGCGUUAUGGUACGCAGAUAUCUCUGGUCGAGAACAUGGGGGACUUUGAGCAAGUGCAGGAGUCAUGUGUCAAACUAUACGACGUUGGAAGAAAGCGGGACCACGAUGAUGACGCGGAGGAGGACGACGAGGAAGACAUGGCGGGAGGGACCGACAACGACGACGGCUCAGACUCCGGAUCCGACAACGAAGAUGAUUUAGCGACAAGUUUGUUGAGGAAUGCAGUGAUGGGUCUCGCUGAGGGCGGCAGCAGUGGUGACGACUCCGCUGAUGAUGCAGACGACGUGCGCCCCAGACGACCAAUGCGCACGCGCAGACGGCCGGCGGAGAACAACAUGAGCGACAGUGAUGGAGACCUGGAUAUUAUUGAGUUUGAGCUCGACUAGUGAACAAUAAAUGUGUUUAAAGUUA